AUGACAGGAGUUUGCUUGGUCAAAGGGACUCCUGAGAUUAGUCAUAUUAGAGACCUGAUAGCUGAUGUGACAUACAAAGAUUUAUGGCUGGCAACUGCAACGGGAAAUGCCCAGAUUUACCGGAAUGUGUUUUCUUGCAUCCAAAUUGACAGUGGCUUCUACAUGCCAAUGAUUCUUGCAACUUACAAGAUAUGUGCUUCAUUUGAUGGAAGGAGUAUCUCACCAUGUCCCUUUGAGGAGUAUCUCACCAUGUCCAUUUUUGUCCUUCUCUUGAUGGAAGGAGUAUCUCAACCACAACCAAUGUUAUCAGAAGGAGGAGAAGUGGUUCAAUAA